CCUUGCGGCCCUGUCGGACUCCGGUGGAACAAAUACGGGCUUUGCUCCUUCGCGCCAAACAAUUGCAUUGCUAGAAUUAGCCGUGGGGUCUUUCGCCGGUUCUCCUUCACUCGACCUUCUUUACAACCACCGUGUCCAGUUUCCUCCACCCCGCAGGACGAAGCCCUGCCUAGUAGACAUCAUGAUCGCUGCUGACACCUCCUACUUCAACGGCACCGAGCUGCCCCAAGGUGACUCUCCUGACCUGAUCCUGGUCCCCGCCACCCCAAGGGAGCGGAUCGAAUCCAUUCGACUGAACAGCAAAGCGUGGAAGGGUCGUCUGGACCUUGAGACGUACAUCACUCGAGAGAACCACCUGUUGCAACAACCGCUGACCAAGGAUGGCUUGACCUGCUGGAUUUUGGUCGACCGCAGAGAGCCGGAAGAGCAACGAACCAUCCUGAGCUCUUGCGAAACAUACAAGAAAAAGGCCAUACUGGCGUAUGCUGGCAAAGCCGAGGAUGUGUCGACUCAUGGCGUCGGGAGUGUGUAUUGCCGCCCCGACUUCAGAGGCAAAGGAUAUGCCAAGAGAAUGAUGCAGGAGCUGAGCAACAAGAUCGAGACCUGGAAGAUGGAGACCGAGACCAGAAAGUGUUGUCUGUUCACCAUCCUGUUUUCUGAUAUUGGAAAGGAUUUUUAUGCCCAAUUCGGUUGGCAGCCGUUCACGUCGUCUCACUUUGCAUUGUCGCCAAUGUCAGAAGAAGACUAUGCCUCUGCAAAUGCCAAGGCCAGCUUGCCAAAGGCACGAACCUUGGCCCCGGAGGAUGUCCGCGACAUCAUGUGUAACGAGACGGUUUUGCAAAAGGAGCGUGAGCUGCUGAGAGAGGCCUCCGAGCAGUCAUCUGUCCCCAAGAUUGCCAUUGCGCCCAACUUCGAGCACUUCGGAUGGCACUGGGCCAGGGAAGAGUUCUAUGCCGAGAGAUUUUACCCCGACCAAGAACUCCCUCGCGCGAAGGGUGCCGGGGAGGACAGCGCGGGGGUGUACUGUGCCUGGAACAGGAACUUUGGUGAGACACCCGAGGAAAACACCUUAUACAUCCUGCGGUGGGUGUACGAUGAGCCGGCUUCGCCAGAACAGGCCGAGAAAAUCGUGAAAGCCAUGGCUGCCGUCCUGCGACGUGCUCAACUGGAGGCACACAGGUGGAACAUGGCAACGAUCGAGUUUUGGAACCCAACCCCGCUGUUAGAGAAGGCGGUUGCUGUGCUGCACCCCAACGCCGAGCUGGUCCACCGGCAGAAGAGCAGUAUUGCGUGUCUGAGAUGGACGGGGGCCGAACACGGCAUGGGGGCGAACGUGGAAUGGCACUUGAACGAGAAAUAUGCCUGGUGUUGAGGUUGACCCGUCGACUAAUACAUUCUCUCUAGAAAUAAAGCCUCAGCGCUUCUGUCGCUUUUGGUUUUUGAACAGCUCGUGCCAGUUUCUUGCCUUCUUCGCCGCAGUAGAAGCACUAGCAUCUGUUGAGAGAUUUUUCUUCAAUUUUUGCCGAUCAUCAUCAUUGACAAAGCAGAUAGUCGUUGGAUCAGGAAAUCCGUGCUUGCCCUCCUGUACACGCAUACUGUUAGCGAACCAAAUGAAGACUAACUUAAAACCAC